AAGCAGGGAGAGUCAGAGUCCCAGUACCUUGUUCUUCCCUUAGCUUGCCACAGCAGCUGUGCUUGCACUCCUCCACCCACAACAAAUCCACUUAUAAAAAUGGCUUUUGCUGGAAGGUGGGAAACUGAAACCCAGGAGGGAUAUGAAGAAUUCUGCAAGCUGAUUGGUAUCCCUGAUGAGAUUAUUGAGAAGGGCCGUGACUACAAGAUAAUCACAGAGGUGACCCAGGAUGGUGAUAACUUCUCCUGGACCCAAUAUUACCCCGCCAACGCCAAGGUCACCAAUACAUUCAUAAUCGGCAAAGAAUGUGACAUGCAAACCAUUGGGGGAAAGAAAUUCAAGGCCACAGUGAAUAUGGAGGGAGGCAAGCUGACCACAGUGUUCCCCAACUACGAACACAUCGUUGAGAUCAUCGGAGGUAAACUUGUUGAGACCUCCAAAACUGGGUCUGUAAUGCUGAAAAGAACCAGCAAGAAGAUCUAAAGCUUGAAUGACCUUUGACAUAUGUAACAGUUUCAACCUCAGAUCUACAACAUCUGUACUCAAUAAAGUAAAAUUAUAACUUCAUUAAAAA